AACCAUAUUUUAACCGAAAGAAAAAGGAAACAAAAGGAAAAUAGAGUUCGGACAUGUUCUGCAGUAAACAGUGAAAAACGUCACCGACGACGUUCGUCGAGGUUCCAACCCCGGACUCUGUUCCGUGGUCUCUCCUUUCCCUUUCCUCGUCGCCGAUUCCUUUCUCUUAAGGUCUUCAACCUUCAAGCUCGAGCGAAAUUUCUGUAUUGACCGAAUUCGAUGUUUUGAACUUUUGUUGGAAGGUGGCAUCUGCUUGAUAUAGAAUCAUGGGUGGCAGUGAGAUGAAUAAAUCCGCAAAGGAAGAAUCCAAAACAGCACCUGCCACUACGCAGGAGCAGUCUCCAAACACAAGCACUGGCACUGUGAAUCCUGAAUGGUCAGGAUUUCAGGCAUAUUCUGCAAUACCUCCACCUGGAUACUUGGCAACGAGCCCCCAAGCACACCCAUAUAUGUGGGGGGUACAGCCUAUUAUGCCUCCUUACGGAACCCCUCCACAUCCAUAUGUUGCAAUGUACCCUCAUGGUGGCAUAUAUGCUCAUCCACCUAUGCCUCCUGGAUCGUAUCCUUACAGUCCUUUUGCUAUAGCUUCUCCAAAUGGCAUUGCUGAGGCUUCUGGGAAUACACCAGGCAACAUGGAAGGGGAAGGUAAACCAUCUGAGCUGAAAGAAAAAUUGCCAAUUAAAAGAUCGAAAGGAAGUCUGGGAAGUUUAAGCAUGAUAACUGGGAAGAACAAUGAGCUUGGUAAACCAUCAGGGACAUCUGCUAAUGGAGUUUAUUCUAAAAGUGCUGAAAGUGAAAGUGAAGGCACGAGUGAAGGAAGUGGUGCUGACUCUGAAAACGAUUCACAACUAAAAUCUGGUUCUGGGAAAGAUUCUUUAGAAGGUGGAGGGACUCCUAAUGGUUUAAUGCAUGGUUCUCAGAAUGAAGGACAUAGUCUUGCACAUCCAUUGGUGAACCAAACGAUGUCCAUAAUACCAAUCCAAGCUUCAGGAGCUGUUUCGGGUCCUGCUACAAAUUUAAAUAUAGGAAUGGAUUAUUGGGGUACCCCAACAACUUCUGCCAUCUCUUCAUUGUGUGGGAAGGUCCCUUCAGCUCCAAUUGCAGGAGCUGUUGCUGCUGGGUCACGAGACGGCAUUCCGUCACAGCCUUGGUUACAGGAUGAAAGAGAGCUAAAAAGACAAAGAAGGAAGCAAUCAAAUAGAGAAUCUGCUCGUAGAUCUCGGUUGCGUAAACAGGCUGAAUGUGAUGAGCUAUCUCAACGUGCCGAAGCUUUGAAGGAAGAAAAUGCGAGUCUAAGAUCUGAAGUGGAUAGGAUCAGGACUGAGUACGAGCAACUUCUUUCAGAAAAUGCCUCUCUCAAGAGGAGGCUUGGCGAAAGUGAUGGAAAUGAAGAUCCAAGAUCUACCAAAGACGGCCAAAAUUUGAAAAAAGGUCAUCAUACAUCCCGGACCCAACUUGCUAAGGGAUAAUUAGGAGCUACCACCCUUGCUUAAUUCAGCUGCAGUCACACAACCUAACCAAUUAGUAGCCAAAAAGUUUGCAUAACUUGUCAUUUACAUUUUCUAAGAACUGACCCGCCUCGUUUCAGGACGGUUGAUUCUUAUGGAGGCUUCGUCUUUAACUCAAAGCUCUGUGUAGUAUCUUUGUAUCCAAAUUAAUUUGACAAGUGUUACACAACAUUUCACUUGAGUUUGUUCAUUGUAGAAUAUAUUUUGUGCCAAGUGAGAGGUCGUAAUCCAGGCAUUUCAGUAUGCUUUUUAACA